UCAUGGUAAACCUUUUUCACGUAACACCGGUUUUGAGCGAGUAUCUUCCUUUUCCGGUAGCCGUCCAAGAUGGGUUAUCGAGGCAGAAGGAAGAUUCUGAAGAGAGUAACUGCUCCAAAGUCAUGGAUGUUAGACAAAUUGGGUGGAGUGUUCGCUCCUCGACCAAGUACCGGUCCACAUAAACUGAGAGAGUCUCUGCCGUUGAUGCUGCUUCUAAGGAAUCGUUUGAAGUACGCACUCACGUAUGAUGAGGUGAUAAAGAUCGUCAACCAGCGGCUAAUUAAAGUUGAUGGCAAAGUCAGGACAGACAAGACUUAUCCAACUGGAUUUAUGGAUGUUGUAACAAUUGAAAAGACGUCUGAGAACUUCCGUAUCCUGUACGAUGUGAAGGGCCGUUUUAUUGUGCACAGGAUCAAGCCAGAGGAGGCGAAGUACAAGCUGAGUCGAGUCCGACAAGUGCAUGUUGGUCCGAAAGGUGUGCCUAUGAUUUACACCAGUGAUGGUCGUACAGUUCGCUACCCAGAUCCUCUCAUCAAGGUCAAUGACACUGUCAUGGUCGACAUAGCAACAGGGAAGAUCAGAGAUUUUGUCAAGUUCGACACUGGAAAUCUGUGCAUGAUAACUGGUGGCCACAAUUUGGGGCGAGUUGGCAUCAUCACAUCUAGAGAGAGACAUCCUGGCUCAUUUGACAUUGUCCAUGUCAAAGAUGCCCUGGGGCAUACAUUUGCCACUCGGAUGAGCUAUGUGUUUGUGAUUGGAAAGGGCAACAAGCCUUGGAUUUCACUUCCCCGUGGUAAAGGUGUCCGACUCACCAUUGCCGAGGAGAGAGAUAGACGUCUGGCUGCCAGAGCUAACCAAUAGACAUUUAAAGAGACUGACACAUAAAAAAAUAAAUCCGUCAGAGAAUU